AUGGAUGGACAGCAAUCAGACUGUGUGUUUGGUGAUGAAGUGAAGUCAGUGUCAGUGAUUGUGGGAGAUUCUGUUACUCUACAAACUGAUAUUAAACUACAGAGAGAUGAUCUGAUAGACUGGUGGUUUGAAGAUAAACAGGAUCGCUUGGCUAAACUCAACAAGGAGGCCAAUACAAUCAGAAUAUAUGAUGAUGUACGUGAUGGGAGAUUCAGAGACAGACUGAAGCUGAACACUGAGAAUGGAGAUCUCACCAUCACAAACAUCACAACUCAACACACUGGACGUUAUAAAUUAGACAUCAGCAACACAGAGAAGAUUACAACAAAGACAUUCAACAUUAGUGUGUCUGUAGAUACAAGAAAACUGUUGGAAGAUGGUAACAAUAUAAAGGUCAAUGGUGAAGAUCAGUCUUCUGGUUUGUCUUCAGGUGUUGUAGCAGGACUCUGUGUUUUUCUUCUGGUUCUUGUUUUUGCUCUUGCUGUCGCUGUUUUUCUUUACAGACGUCUCUCUAGGACUACUGGAAAUAACCGGGCAGACAUUAACGAGGAAGAGACAGGCAAAGAGUCAACAGAGAUGAAGAAACCUUUGAGGACUGAAAGCAACAGCAGUGAUGUUCCUUAAGUGUAAUAUGAUCAUUGUCUGAGGUUUGUUUCAUUUUGUUUCAUUAACACUAUCAAUGAUUUUCUAGGAAUAUGCACAUGCAGAUUCAUUUUAUUGGAUUUUUUUCACUACGUGUUCCGGAAAUGUUUUGGCAAUGUUGCUAGGUUCCUUUUAUGGGAACGAUCCAAUAAUCAACAUGUUUGUGUUCACACAUAAGGCACAUCUCAAUUUUAUAUGAGUUUUCUGGGAUUAAUGUUCUGUAACCAAACCAAAGUUUAAUUUUAUGCAAAUCAUAUGCGAAGCAGAGUACUUCACAUCAUCAGAAGAAAUAAAGAGAAACUAUAGCACUAUUUACCUGCGCAUGUUUUAAUGUAAAGUCCUAUAAAUGUUUUUUAUUCAUUUUU